AUGUUGUGCCCAUCACACAACGUAGACCUCAAAGCCGCGGGUACCACGCGCAUCGAAGAAGCGGUUACAAACGACCCAACCAUUGAUCUUGAGCUCGAUAAGCGUCUGAACCGUAAAUUCGACAUGCACAUCUUGCCCUGGCUUUUUGGAAUAUGGCUCUUCUCUUUCAUCGAUCGCAGCAACAUCGGCAACGCUCGAAUCGCCGGCCUCGCAACUGACCUCAACAUGGCAACGGGUACAAAAUUCAACGUCGCACUGCUGGUCUUCUAUAUCCCGUACAUCCUCGUCGAUGUGCCGAGCAACAUGCUCGUGAAGCGACUGCGUGCGGGCGUCUAUCUUCCCACGCUGAUUACGGCGUGGGGGCUUGUGUGCACGUUCAUGGGGUUUAUGAAGAGCUAUGCGGCACUGAUUGUAUGUCGCUUGCUGUUGGGAUUGUGUGAGGGUGGGAUCUUGGGGGGCGUGAUUAUCUAUCUUGCGUUCUUUUACCGCAGGAGUGAUAUGUUGGUCAGAAGUGGGGUGUUCUACUGUGCUGCACCACUGAGUGGAGCGUUCGGUGGGCUACUUGCAAGUGGGCUGGCUAAUAUCGAGGUUGGGGGAUAUAGAAGGUGGCCGUGGAUUUUCUUUAUUGAAGGCGCUGCGACUGUGAUUUUUGGUGGGAUUUGCUUCUUCUUUCUACCGGAUACGCCUGCGAGUGCGGGUUUCUUGACUGAUGGGGAGAAAGAUUGGGCACUGCGACGGAUGCGCCUCGAUGCUCAUGGUUCCACAAGUGUUGAUGUCAACGAAGAAAAGGCAAGCUGGUCCUGGGUGAAAAUGGCAUUGAAAGCCCCACAGACAUACUUGUGUAGCUUUAUCUGGUUUUUUCUCUUGAUACCACUCUACGUAAGGCUAAGUCGCGGUCUUGCAAGUCACAUUACUUACACGCACCAGAGCUUCUCUCUCUUCCUUCCAAGUAUCAUCUCUGGCAUGGGCUACGCGUCUACAACCGCGCAACUCUUUACUGUUCCACCAAAUAUGGCGGCUUUUCUUACCGUCCUCCUCACUGCAUAUUUGUCCGAUAGAUGGGGCUACCGUGGAUAUUUCAUCAUCGGAGGCUGCGUCCUUGGUAUCGUCGGAUACACUAUGAUGCUUGUUGCGAAAACAAACGCCGUACGAUACGCAGGUACAUUCUUAAUUGCUAUUGGGGUCUUCCAAGGCUCUCCUAUGCUCAUGGGCUGGGCUUCAAACAAUAUGGCACCACAUUAUGUCAGAGCAGUUGGGAUCGGUGUCGUCAUCUCGAUUGCCAACUGCUCUGCUUUUCUUGGCACGUUCAUUUAUCUCCAGCGUGAUGCCCCGAAGUAUGCUCUCGGCCAUGCAAUCAGUCUGGGCGCCCUGGUCAUUACGAUUGUCUUGAGCGUCGUGCAAAUUGCGUAUUUGAGUUGGGAAAAUAAAAAGAGAGAAAGGGGCGACCGGGAUGAUAGACUCUUGCAAGAUGGUGGUGAGAAGUUGGGACAUUUGCACCCGAACUUCAGGUACACACUAUAA